AAAUAAAAGCAAAAAGCAAUCUGCUGCCAAUUUUAGCAACAACAGCACAUUUCACUCGACUGCAUCACGCAAAAUGAACGUGCUUCCGGUGCUGCUGCUGCUAGUGCAGCUGACAGCCAUGGUGCUGGCAGGAACUAAUGAAACCGCAACUGGUAGCCCAGCUAGCUCCAAUGUGACCAAACUGGCAAUGGUUAGCCCAAGCAGCAAAGCAACUGCCAUGGAUGCAGGUGCAGGUUCCAGUGCAACUGUAAUUGCAGCCACAGCCAACCAAUUGCAAGUGGAUAAGGACAAGCCGGCCAAGGUCAACGGCACGGAGGAGCAUGCCGUGGUGCUUGCGCGCGGCGUUACCAAUACGGAUACCGCCACAGUGCAAGCGACACCAAAAGCGAACGCAACAACAACAACAACAACAACGACGACGCAAGCACCACAGGUAAUCAAAUCAACAGCAGCUACGGCGAUAACAAAGCAAACAAACACAUCGGCCAAGUCAGACAAAAUGCUGGCCGAUGGUGUAUCGCUGAGUGACAUCAACAAGAACAAGAAGGAGAAUAACAACAGCAGCAGCAGCAGCAGCACUAUCACGACGCCAGCAGCUAAUAUCAAUGCCAGCGCCAGCAACAGCAGUAGCAGCAGCACCACGACCACGACCACCACGUCAACAACAAGGAGCACAACAACUACAACCAGCACAACCACAAUGCGUCCCAAAAAGCCCACCGUCACAAGCAGUAUGGACAAACAGCUGGAGGGUGAAAAGCUGGAUGCGGCUGCCACAGGCGCUGGUAACGUUGCACCACACGUUCUGCCCGUGCAGGAGCUGAGCAGCAGCUUGACCAAUCGCGGCGAGAAUGAGUAUAUUGUGCCCAUUGUAACAAUAAUGCUAGCUGUGCCACUUGCCAUAGCCGUAUUCAUCAUUAUGUACCGGCGCUUUCGGGAUUUGUGGACAACACGCCAUUACAGGCGCAUGGACUUCCUGGUGGACGGCAUGUACAACGAUUGACGAAGGCGCCAGCAGCAGCAGCGGCCCGGCAACGGAGCUGCCAGCGGCGGUGGAGGGGCUAGUGACGGUGUGGGCUGUUUAUCAAUUGCUGCCACGCGGCUGCCGUAGCGCAAGAGAAUUUGAUAAAGCAAAGCAAAUGAUUGGAAAGAUAAUUAGUUGUUAAGUUUAUUAUUAUGAUUAUAUUUCUUAUUUUGCAUGGAAUGCAAACAGAACAAUUGCGCGAGCAGGAUAGCUAGAGGAAUGUGUGCAAGGGGCGAGAGAAAGCGAGAGGGAGAGAGAGGCACUGGCUAAAUAUACACAUUGCUCAGUCAAUUAAAACAUUGAGAAAAACACUAGAUGAAAUGUUUAUGUAGAUGUGUAUACGCGCGUGUGUGUACACACAUGCUGCAUUAAUAUGUGUUAGCUUUAAAACGCAAUAGUAAUUUCUGAGAAUAUAUACAUACAUUUACAUAUAUAUAUAUUCGUAGCGGCCAAAUUGAAUAUUUUGAUAAGAUUCGAACGUAGCGCAAAAACUGAAAAGUUAAAAACUGAUUUUUAAGAAAAUAUUGCUAGCAUUUGAUUACAUAGGUUCAAAUUUUGUUUAUGCAUUUCGAUUUAUGUGUGUCUAUAUCUAAAAAAAAACUCCAUAUACAUUUAUACCUUUCAACCAAGUUGUAGAUACUAUUCAAAAAAGAAAGGAACUUGAGGCGCAAUUAGCAAUCAAUCAUGAAAUUACUAUACAAAAUAUUUGUACACUAUACUAUAACCAUAAUGUGCCUUACCAACUCAGAUCUUAAUAACGCUGUAUCAAACAUACAUAUAUAUUAUGUACACAUGUGCACAUAUAGCCAGCCACAUGUGUAAUUAAUAUAUAUACCUACAUCAGUGCGUCUGUAACUGUAUCUAGUAACAGCACUGAUAGACUCUGUAAUCUCGAAAGCUAUUUGGCAUAGCAUUUGAUCUAUGCCACUUACAAAAAAAAAAAAUCUAAAUCAAAAUGCAAUCGGUAUAGCCAGAAAAAAAUCAAAGCGCGCAUUUAUUACAUAAUUAUUUGUUAUAAACGAAAUAAUUACAAUAAAGCAAAUGCAGUGUAACCAAUAA